AUGGCUCCAGGCAUUAGGUUCAGCAAGAGAGUGAGGGCAGGUGCACAACCAGAGGAGCAAUCUUCAAAAAGGCUUCACUCUACAGAGACAGAUGGCCACAAUGUACAGGAACCAACAGAUGGAAAUGAUCACAUACCAAACAGCCCUACUACACCUGGACUUGCUGAUCAUUUCAGCAGAGCUGCAGAGGAAGCCAUGACAUCUGCUGCUCAUGAUAGUACAGGUGAUGUUGAAGGCAACAGCCGUACUACACCUGGACUUGCUGAUCAUUUCAGCAGAGCUGAAGAGGAAGACAUGGCAUCUGCUGCUCAUGACAGUACAGGUGAUGCUCAAGCCAAUGUAGCUAGAGAUGAAGAAACUGAAGCUCCUACACAGCGAGCACCAAGGAGACCCAGGGCAGCAACCAAGGGAAAACAACUGGACAGGAUGACUAAAGUUAUGCAAAGGAGACUGCCCAUAGCUGUUGAGGAAGGCAAAAAAAGGCCACAUGAACCUGUUCAAGCUGCCAAGUUUGCAUCAGAGGCUGGCAUCAUUAUUCGGGAAACCAUGCCUAUCCUAACUCGUUGGAAAGAUUACAAGGACGACCAGAAAUACUACAACAGCUUUGUGUCACAGCUAAAUGGGCGCUUGUCCGUUAACACUGAGGACAAGGCAACAAAGGAAGCUUGCACCGAUAUGCUACGCUCUGCGGUAAAAAACCAGCGUUAUCGGCUCAAGCAGAAAUACUUCAAUGGUGUACCUGCAAAUGAGAUUAGCACAACUUCUCCUGUAUCUUACAUGACUGAUGAACAGUGGAGGGCAUUAGUUGCAAAGUGGUCUGAUCCAAAGAACAUGGAAAUAAGUGAAAAGAACAAGCAGAACCGCAGUCAAGUCAAGUUUCAUCAGGCUACGGGUUCUCGCUGCUAUGUGGCACACUUACAUGCAUAUAAGCAGAAGAGAAACCGAGAAGAACCCAGCUUAGAUCAGACUGAAGAACUAUAUGCGGUGGACGCCUUCAAGACCUGUCAUACCAGCUCCAAACGUGGCCUGAGUGAACCGGCAAGAGAAGCACUUAUCGAGGACACAGUCUUGGAUGGUCUUCGUGCUCGCCGUCAGCUGUCGUAUGCGCAUUACCUAUAUCACAUCUUCGCGCAGCUGAUCAGGUCACCUCAGUUCCAGGGCACCCUCGAGACCUCUCGCCUCCAGUUUGGUUUGUAUCGUCCAGCCCCUGAUGACCCAGUCCCAGUGCCAGAUCCAGUGCCAUACAUUCAGGCUGAGGAUGAGGCGUUCAGGUAG